UUAUCGUUUUUAAUAUAUAUAUAUAUAUAUAUACGUAUAUAAGUGUAAUUUAUUUUUCAUUAAGAAACAAAAUGGUUGCAAUUGCACAUUUGAACACAACGAUUAAAAAAAUAUUAUUGAACAAAGAGAAAAUUGAGCGUGAACGUUUUUAGAAACGAAUUGUACGGUUAGCGGUACGACUCUGCUUAUGCUGCUUUUCAACACUACAAUGAUGAGAAGGAAGAACUCAUUGCGCAGAAGAAGAGGGGAUUGUUCGAGUUAAAUGAGGAGGGAAAGGGAAAAGAGGAGAAGUAUUGCGAGAAGAGAAGAGAAGAGCGCGUUCGUUAUCGUCGCGCCUUUCCGUGCCGAUUCCACGCCUUCGAGCUUGAUCGGAGAUAUUCGGCGAAUCUUAACGAAGAUGUACGAUCAAUCCUCGAUUUUACCCGAUCCCGUUUACUCCUUUCGUUUCUCCAAUCUUUUCCCUGUUUCCCAACGAGAUAAUCGAAAUUUAUAAUCGAUCGAGAGAACGUACCACUCAUUCGGCGCGUGCAAUUCUAAGAAGGGAUUGCCUCCAACACUUUCUACGAAUUGUAUUAAUCCUUUUAUGCUGCCAUUAAACACGUCCUCUUUACAUUUAUCUCAUUGUCAAUAAUAACAACAAAUAAGUAUAUAAUACAUCCCGUAACCAUGACAAAGAAUAACGAAAGAAACAAUCUCGAUCGCCAAUGCGAAGAGAAUUUCAUUUGCAAAAUAAUUACAAGAAAAAAGAAGCAAUGCCAGAAAUAACGCUCUUCUCCGCGAGUAAUUCGCCUAUUCUACACGCUCUAGCGAGUGCCAGUAAGGAAAAUAAUCCUUCUGGUUCCUCGGUAACAGUAAAUCUUAAACAAUGUGUAAGGCAUAAGCUUCAAUAUUCACAAUUGCCUAUAAGAUGUCAACGAACGAACCCAUACUAUAGACCCAUCCGUAAUCCCUUCAAAUUAGUCGGACUAAGUGCAAUUAAUCAUAAUAACGCUUCUAUUGUAACAAGUAAAAGCUGCCCAGAUAGUAGUCAUACUAAUUCGACCUGUUCUUCACCAAUUUUACGAGCGAUCGGUCCAUCAAGCUGUAGAAAAAGUUUAUCCAUGACUGAUUUAUCACCUACAGCUAUUGAUUCAGAGACAAAUGAUUUCAGAUCAGAGAGUAAUUCGUCAUUAGGACUUCGUGAAGAUCAAGGAGAACGUAACAAGGACAGCGUAAGGACUGGUAACGGUGUCCUAAGAAUUGGACAUCGAACAUGGACAAAUAAUUUUCUGUCUACGAACAUCGAAGUGGAUGGAAAUUGUCUUUCGCAAAAUCCGGGAAAAGCUGCGAGUAUACUUUGUCAUGUAUUGGUAUUAAAUGCUUGGAGACGCAGACGAGCUGAUGUUGGCCAGCUUCAAGAAACGAUUGAUGAUUUAACCCGACAGAUUGAGCAUCUACGUUUGCAGAUCGUUGUUCUUCGGCGUUUGCUUGACACGGAAAAUGACCGUGUUAAUAGAUUAAGUAAGGAAGCUCAGCGUUCUAAGACCCAGAUCGAAGAAUUAUCUCAAGAACGUGAUGUUCUUAAAAAGGAAAAAGAUAAAUUGAAAGAAGAAGUUAAAUGCUUAGAAGAUGCUUCGGAAGAAAGAUCGGUGACAACAGAAAAUCUUAGGAACGAAUUGCUCAAUGCCCAAAAUCAACUUCAAGCAUUAGAUGGACAAAUAGCAAGAGAUCGCGAAAAAUUGUUAAAAUUACGAGAGGAAAAGAGGAUUCUUUUGGAUAAGAUAUCCGCAAGCGAAGCUUUAGCUACAGAACGUGGUAGCAGAGCAGAUAGGGCUGAAUCUGCUAUUGAGGAUUUGCAAAUUCGAUUGGCUGCACAGAUCGCACUUGUUGAAUCUGCACAAGAACAGAAUCAACGAUAUGCCAAACAAUUAAAGGACACGGAAGAUGAACGAAUGAAAUUGGAGAAACAGUUACGAUCGAAUAUAGAGGCGGGAAAAGCUUUAAGCUUGCGUGCUAAUAUUCUUGAAAGUCAACUGGCCGAUAAGGAAGCUGCCUUGCAUCGUAUUGAAUCAAUAUACAACUCGCAACUAAUGGAACUGAACGGAUUGAAGGAACGUUUGAUCAGACAAUCUCAAGAAGGAGGAUGGAGCAGUCGAGUAUUACAAAUUGCUGGAAGUGUUGUUCGUGCACCACGAGCUAUACUGCGUACUCUAUCAUUUUUAUCUAGUACUACUGUACCAUCUUAAUCGUUAUCAGUUCAAGUAUGAUUGAGGAUCACAUUGAACGUCACUGAAGAUAUCAAUGUCAAUGUUAAAAAUGUUCGAAUUUAGCGAUCAGCUGCUUUUACCUUUUGUUGAUCACGAGAUGAACUCUUGCGGAAAAGUUAUUGCACACUACGGGGAAAAUACAAAUAAUGGGUCUCGUUUAAAAGAAAAUUUGCAAGUAAACUCGUCAGA